AUGGUACACUGUAUUCAGCUAUAUGGGGAACUAAUCACGAAUUCCGCAAGACCGAAAACGGCUGAUGUGUACGUAUUUCUCAAUGAUUAUAUGUGCAGUUAUCGUGCUAAUAGUGACUGGAAAAUACAAGAGAAAUCAAUGGGGGAAACAGUCGAUUUGGAAGAAGUUUCUCCAUCAAGUACUGUGGAAUCAAGUUCUGUGGAGCUGAAAGGCGAAGCUGUCCCCGUUUCUGACGUGUCGCAGGAGAGCUGUGAAGAAGAGUUGUUCACUUGUAGCAAAAAAGAGAGAAAUGACGCAAGGUCAGUCUUAUUGCGCGACCAGCCCGAAGAUUCAAAAGAUUCGAGUGUAGCAGAUUAUCUUCAACCGCCCCAAUCUCACUCUUCUAGGUCAGACUCAAUCCCGUCUUCAUCUAGAGACUCCAUUGAAGAAAAACCUCAGAUAGGACCAAACACCGACUCCAAGUUUGAAAAUGAAAUGUUCAAGGAGAUCCCAAUCACGGACCUCUUACAGAGUGAGAAUUCUACCGAAAAUGUGUGUGCAUGUCAAUCAGGUGAGAAAGCGUCCAUUAUAUGGACAGAUUUCUAA